CAGCCACCCAGCCGCCGCCGCCGCCGCCGCCGCCGCCGCCCCCCUCGCGUCGCUCCUCUCUCCUGGGGGCCGGCGGCCAGUCCUCCCUUUGCCGUGGGCACGAACAGGCCUUCCAUCAACCCGCGAUACGGAAACCGAUGCGAGACUCGUCCACUUCACCGGCGGGAGUGUUCGGUGUGGUGCUUGUGUUGCGUGCUACGGACAGGAACGAGUGGUGGUGGUGGUGGUGGUGGUGCUUGCUUGCGUGCGUUUCUGUAAGUGUGGCUAACACAUGAGGGACACUCGCCGAAGCGCAACUCGGCACGAUGACGGGAACACACGUCCACCGGCUUAACAUUCCCGCUUCUGAGGACGCCAGUGAUUCCUGAUUAACCGACAACGUGCACACGGACCAGAUAACACGAACCGCACACACACACGCGACUGGAGUAGUGGUGGUGGUAGUGGCGGAGUAAGUGUGUGUGUGUGUGUGCAUGUGUGCUUUAUACUUGUCGGUCCACGCGAGCGAGUGACUGACUGAAUGAAACUUGUGGCGGAAAGGGAAAGCAGAGGUGACGGACAGAGAAAGACUCCCUCUGCUUCUGUGUCAGUGAAGUGCUGCAGCCGGAACGCCUCCUGCCUUCUCACCCUCCCCCUCCCCCUCCCCCUCCUCCUCCUCCUCUCUCAAUACCAUGGACGCCCGGAACUGUGAGGCGAGCUUAAGCGCCGCGAGAGAGCCAGCCGUUCCCGACAGCUCCUGAGGGGAAAGAUAAAGUGAGAGAGAGAGAGAGAGAGAGAGAGAGAGAGAGAGAGAGAGAGAGAGAGAGAGAGAGAGAGAGAGAGACUGAGCACCGAGCGGAUGUCGGAAGAGGAGUCAGCGCGGGAGGAGGCGUUGUCCUGGCUGGCCCUGCGAUGGGUCUAGUGUGCUCGGGCCGGUGCGGUCAAGACGCCGUGGGGUCCGGAGCCAACCGCCCACACGCCCACAGCACGCCGUACCACAGACAAGGCUAUUGCCGCCGCCGCCGCCGCGCCCCACACGCCUAACGACGCGGCGGCGAACCCGGACCGAGGCGUGAGGGGCGAGGGCAGCGCGGCGAAAGGUGACAGUAACCAGGUGUUGGGCGGCGUGAGACAAGGCGAGGAGGAAGCAGUCAUGCCCGCCAGGACCCUCAUGGUGGGGGAGUCGCCGUCCCACCCUGUGCCAGGGAUCGUGGCGCCGGGCCUCGCUGUGAACGGGAGGAACAAUAUGAACAGCCACGACCUCCCAUUAACAGCCGAGGACAUGACGGGCGAGGCGGUGGGCCAGUACCUGCGAGCACACCCCGAGUUUCUGGAGUCGUGGCUCAUGGAACAGGUGGAGCUGGAAACGCUGGAGAGGUGGAUGAUACGGCGCACUCAACGAGACAAACAGAAGAGCUUGGAGAAUGAUACUAACGGUAAAAUCAUCAGAAAGACGAGCUUAUCCAGAUGGAAGUUUUGCGUGCACGCCGACAAACGCAAAAUGCUGCAGGAACUCACUUCGUCCCUGUACGUGAGACCCAACAAGCCACACGUCCUUUGGGAGCUCACCCGCUGCAUCUCCUCGGCAGUGAAUGCGGACGGCUGCAACCUCUACCUCGCUGAUCUCGACACCAACACGCUCAGACGCUAUGUCGAGAGCAAAGACGGCAGGGAAGGAGACAGCACGGGGUGGAGCUGCGGGGUGAUGGGCGGGGAGUGGCUGUGUGGAUGGGUCGCCAGCUCUCGCCAGGCGGUGCGGGUGACCUAUCCCAUCACUGACCCGAGGUUCCCCAAAGGAUGCCCCUUCGCUGAGGAACAGGACGUGCACCACGCCCUGGUGAUGGCGGUGAUGCAGAGUGACGGGGAGCUGGCGGCGGUGCUAGAGCUGUACAGACGGCGAGGCAGCGAGUCCUUCCACACGGAGGACGAGGAAAUCGUCAACUCGUACCUGGUGUGGGGCGGCAUCGCGCUGCACUACGCCGAGCUCUACCACAGCAUGGUGAAGCAACGCACCCUCAAUGAGUUCAUCCUCUCCGUUGUAAAAUCGAUCUUCCAGGACAUGGUAAGCAUGGACACCCUCAUAAUGAAAGUGAUGAACUUCGCCCAGAGGCUUGUGAACGCCGACCGCGCUUCGCUCUUUCUCGUCGACUCCAAGAACAAACAACUGUACGCUCGUAUCUUCGACAUGGGCAGCGAAUGCAGUGAAGACAAUCCCCAGCAGUCGUUCAAGGAGAUCAGGUUCGCAAUAGGGACUGGUAUCGCUGGCAUCGUGGCUCAGAACGGAGAGGUGCUCAACAUUCCAGACGCUUACGCCGACCCGCGCUUCAACCGCACCGUGGACCAACUCACGGGCUACGUCACCAAGUCCAUCCUGUGCAUGCCCAUCUUCAUCCGAGGCAACGUAAUUGGCGUCAUGCAGAUGGUCAAUAAGGCUUCAGGGGUGUUCAACAAGGAGGACGAGGAGUCUUUUCAAAUGUUCGCCAUUUACUGUGGCCUCGCCCUCCACCACGCGAAGCUCUAUGACAAGAUCCGACGCUCCGAACAGAAGUACAAGGUAGCUCUGGAAAUGAUGAGCUACCACAGCAGUUGUGCGCCCCUCGAGCUUGAUAUGUUGUCAAAAGAAGAGGUGCCCAAUGUCUUGGCAGGCGUAGAUGACUACUACUUCUGCGCCAUGAACCUGGAGGACAUGACCAAGGUGCGCCACGCCAUCUACAUGUUCGUGGACCUGUUCGGACUGAGUCGCUUCGAAAAAGACUGCCUCAUCCGGUUCACGCUGACCGUCAAGAAAAACUACCGCCGUGUUCCCUAUCACAACUGGACGCACGGAUUCAGUGUGGCCAACGCGAUGUACGCCAUCAUCAAGCACAACCCAAAGAGCUUCCGACCACUGGAGUGCCUGGCGUUAUUCAUUGGUUCCCUGUGCCACGAUUUGGACCACCGGGGGAAGAACAACAAAUUCAUGCUGGAGACAGAGAGUCCCUUAGCUGCCAUCUACACCACUUCCACUCUCGAACAUCACCACUUCAACCAGACCGUCACCAUUCUGCAGCAGGAGGGCCACAAUAUCUUCGGGAAGCUCACCUCUACGGAGUACAAGCAGGUUCUGGGCAACAUCAAACACUGCAUCCUCGCAACGGACCUCGCCCUCUUCUUCCCCAACAAGGAAAAACUGUCCCAGCUGGUCCACGACGGGCAGUUUGAUUGGGACAACGCGGACCAUCGGUUACUGAUCGAGGCCAUAGCGAUGACGGCCUGUGAUCUCUGUGCCUCCGCCAAGCCGUGGGAGAUGCAAGCGGAGACGGUCAAGGUUAUAUUCGAGGAGUUUUACGAGCAGGGCGACGCCGAGAAAGCCGCGGGGAAGAACCCAAUUCCUAUGAUGGACCGGACAAAGGUGAACGAACAGGCGGAGUCACAGGUCGGGUUCCUAUCUGGCAUCUGCAUUCCUUGCUACGAGCUGCUACACAAACUCAUCCCUAACACGAAGCCACUGCUGGAAGGCUGCAAGUCCAACCUACAAACGUGGAAGAAGAUUGCAGACGAGAAGCGCAAGGAGUCGAAGAACAGUGACGGAGAAGGCGAGGAGGAAACGGACACGGGCAUCGAGGAGGUGAACGAGGAGGAGGAAGAGGAGGGAGUCGAGGCUCUACAAGACAUUAAGGACGAGUGUGUCGACGGCAAAACUGGAACAUAGAGUGACGCUUAGUGAAAGUGCUAUCGAACCUCAGAGAGCCUUGAUACCAGGGAGAGAGAGAGAGAGAGAGAGAGAGAGAGAGAGAGAGAGAGAGAGAGAGAGAGAGAGAGAGAGAGAGAGAGAGAGAGAGAGAGAGAGAGAUGCUCCCCAACAUGCCUCAGAUAAGACUGCAGGGCAAAUGAUAGUGCAUAUCACCUAAGUCCAGUGAAAACCAUGCAAAGGAGGAAAGAAAAAUAAGUGUACUGCGUUGUACCGUGUGUGCGUGUACCUCUCAGUGACGCUACGUAAUGGUACCACUGUGCUACAACCUCUCAGACUUGGAUGCUCUUUUCCCCUACGUUUCUUCCACUCGUGGGAUGGAGAAAGGGCAGAAUUUUCAAGCCCAAGCACCGGUGACUUUAUGGUAUUUAUAAACUAUUUCCCUUCGUGGUCAGGAGGGAGAGGAGGAAGAGAAGGAAGACAAGGAAGGAGGGAAGGAAGGACAGCAGGUGACACAGGGUACAAAAGUUACAGACUAGUCCAAGAUUCGCUACAGUGUCGCAUUGGAAAACACACACACACACACACACACACACAUACACACACACACACACACACACACACACACACACACACACACACACACACACACACACACACACAC